AUGAUGAAUCGGAAUAGCAGAGACACACUUCGUUUCCUCUCACGCUUCCAUCAUCACCAACAACAAAACCCAUCUCUUCUCCCUUCUGCAUCACCGUCUUCUCAAUUCACAUCAGUAACAGGUUUUCAUGAAAAUUCCCCACAAUUACAGUGCAAUGUUGUUCCCGGGGAACAUAAAGCUUUGUCUUUUUUCAACCCACUGAGAAAUUCCUUGAAAAAUGAGCAAUUGGGUGGUGGAAACCCUUUCGAAAUUCAUCAGAAAUGUUAUUAUGGUUCAAUGGGUGGAGUGGUUCAGAGGAGCUCCAGAUUCUCAGAGUUGAAUGAUGAUGAUGUUAAAUACUUUCAAGAGAUUUUGGGGAAGAAAAAUGUUGUACAGGAUGAAGAUAAGCUCAGUGCUGCUAAUAUUGAUUGGAUGCAUAAGUAUAAAGGCUCCAGUAAGAUUCUUCUACAGCCUUGCAACACUGAUCAGGUUUCUGAGAUUCUUAAAUACUGUAACUCCAGAAACCUGGCCGUUGUUCCUCAAGGUGGAAACACUGGUCUUGUAGGUGGAAGUGUGCCCGUCUUUGAUGAAGUGAUUGUUAGUCUUAGUUCAAUGAACAAGAUCGUAUCUUUUGACAAGGUUAGUGGAAUACUGGUAUGUGAAGCUGGGUGCAUAUUGGAAAAUCUAAUGUCCUUCAUGGACAAUGAAGGAGGCUUCUUUGAUGAUGAAUUAUCUAAAUAUAAAGGUGUAGUUAAAGAAUUGAGACAUAGAAAAGUUUGUACUAUAUGGUACAAAGACUCAAUAUUUGGUAUGCUUAUAUUGGAUGAUGACUCAAUAUUUGAUAUGCUUAUAUUGGAUGAUGACAAAUGUGCUAAGAUAUUGCUGACUUAUUCUGAAUUUUAUGAUGGUCAAGAAGAUAUAAACAUUGAGGAUGUUGUAAAUGAAAUUUUCAAAUUUAACGAAGAAAUUGCCAAAGGUAAUGAAAUAGAGGUGAAUGAUGGUAAAAUGAAUGAAGCUGAGGGGAAUAUAUGUGAGAUGAAUGAAUGUGUCAUUGUUGGUAUUGAAAGUGAUAAUACAUUGAUGAUUUGA